UCGCUACUGUUGAGAACGCUGCCGAACUCGCGACACUUAGCUGUAUACACCUAAUGGACGGCGACCAAUUAGAACACGCGAUUCGAACCCCACCGACGCACCGCCUUCCCCACGCACCGAUAUCGUUUCUCCCGAACCGAAUCGCCGCGGGAAAUCAAAGAAUUUUGCCGCUGCCGCCGAGGCUUCCAAAUUUUUUCCUCUCCGCCCUUGCCCCCAUGCUUCGCAGCUCCGCUCCGAUUUCUCUUCGCUUCGCGCCUCGCCCACCGUCCUCCGUCUCCUUACUUUACUGUCGCGCGCCGCUCAUCCAUCUUUUUGUUUUCGCCGACACCGUAGAUAAACGUAAGCUGCGUUGCGCGAUCGCGAGCGAAAAAUUCCACAUGCGAUCCUUUUCGCGUCUACGUCUACGCGCGAACGUGUCGGCUAUCGCCUUUCCUUUGGAAAUGCCUAGACCAUUGUCCGAGUACACGCUCUUCCGACCUCGUAAGAAGCUGGCGAUUCGGUGGAUUCGAUCCUCGGAACGUCUCGAGUCGACGAAUCCGACCUGGUUAUGCGUCAUCUCGCACCAUUCUACGACAACUUAUUCCGAGCACGGACUCGAAUGCUCUCGCUUAACGAGACCUCGACGUUAAUGGGAAUCAACGAUUCCCGCGGCGUUCGCGCUACCUUGUUCGCCUCGACCUCGCCACCGAUAGGUCGACAAACUAAUGGAUCGGCGUUCGACGAUCGGAGCUUAAGGACUCCGCAAUCUCUUUCGUUCCGUUCGGUGUUUUGGCGCGUUGGUGUGCGCACGUGAUCGCGCGGCCGCGACGAUCCGAAGGAACCGGUCAGGAAAAUUCGAGGAAAAUAUCGCAAUGUUGAUUCGCCGAUGUUGAUCCGUCGAUGUUGAUCCGUCGAUGUUGAUCCGUCGAUGUUGAUCCGUCGAUGUUGACGCAGAGGCACGAGCGGUCUCGUGACGCGCCGGUUUUGCGUAAAUCCGAUGUAAUCCUUAGCACGCGUAGCUCAUCGCAAUUGCAUACUCCGGCGUUGCGUUUGGUAGGAGGGCAGCCCACCUCCGCGAGUCGACAAACGACCUGCCGCUGAUAUCAACUACUCCGUGGGCUCGGCGCACGUGUCUAUCACUAAGUCGUCACGCGAUACACCGAUGAGAGCCUCGCGCAACGCCGCAUCUCCCCUUUCUGAGAGUUGCCUAAUAACCUUCCGCCGCGUGCAUAUCAUCCUCUUUCUUUCAUUUCUACGUCGCACCAUCUUUGUCCGUCUCUACCUACUUUGUCGCUUGAACGCAGCACCGACGCGACGCGACGCUCUCUUUCGUUUCGUUUUAACCUUCCCGAUAAUCGUGUCUCGACUUAAUCGUCUAAUCGCCGAUCGCCGAUAGUUAUCUUCCACCGACCGAUUUAUCGAUUGGAAAGAGGAACCGCGUUACGUUAUGGUCUGCCUCUCGAUUUACAUCAGCCGCAUCAAGGGUACCCUUUGCCGCGACAAUUUCCACGAAGCGGCAAAUUGCCGCUGUCGCGACGAAAACACGGCACGGAGAAUCCACGACGUAUCCAUGCAAACAGCUAGCCCGUUAUUUUCGAAGCCGGUAGUUUGCGGAUAGGGCGGUUCCUCGCAAACCUUUGAAUAUUUCAAAUACAGCGAGCGUCGUCCCACGUCCGACGUCGUCGAAGGACAGUCGCGCGGUAUUUCCCGACGCUCGUUCCUCCAGCGACAUCAUGCUCUUUUUCGCUCGAGUUCUCGGUAUCGUCGCGAUCCUCGCCGGUACUCGACGAGCGGUUGCGUUCGACUCGUGGUUCGUGGACCUGAUCGACGACUCGAUCACCGUGCUGUUUCCACCUGUAAGAGUAUCGGCGCAUCUCUGUCGCGUCGACCAAGACGGCGCGAUCGAGCUUUCCAGAAGGAUGUCGAGAAAGGGUCUGGUUCACGACAUACACCGCGAGUUCCAGGGAUUCGAGCUACGAACGCGCCACGACGGCUGGGAUCAUCGAAUUUUGUACGUGGUGGAUCUGGAUUGCGACUACGCGAUUCCACUCUUACGAGCGGCAAACUCGAGCGGCCAGUUCUCAGCGCCGAUGAGAUGGCUGCUGCUUCGAGAUGGGACGAUCGCUGGGAACUCGAUGGCGCACGUGGAUCAAACGUUCAGGAAUAUGGCCGUUUAUCCAGAUAGCGAGGUGAUCGUGGCGACGAAGCUGCGAGUCGAAGAUAACUUGGCGGAAAUAACGUCCGUCUACAGGCCUAGCCCGUAUCACGGAGUUAUAACGGAGAAUCGAGGAAACUGGACGAUGGAUGGUGGCGUUCGAGCGGCGAAUCUGCACGCGGCGUCGCGACGAAGAAGGAAUCUUCGGCAGACGCCCCUGAAAUCCUGUCUCGUGCAUCGACUUUCGCGUGACCAACACCUGGGGAUAUCGACAGGAGAACGGGUCGUGGACCGGCCUCACCGGGAUGCUGCAACGACGAGAGAUCGAUAUAGGAGGCACGGGAACGUAUCUUAUUCAACAGCGUAUCGGUGUAAUCGAUUAUGUACAACUUUAUACCCGCACCAAAGCGAAAUUCAUUUUCCGCGCGCCUUUGCUGUCGACCGUGAGCAACAUUUUCACGCUGCCGUUUCAACGAUCCGUCUGGAUAGCGAUCGGCGUUUUUCUUCUGCUGGUACUUGGCUUGCUCUACUUUUCCUCCAAAUGGGAAUAUCGUCGGGGAGCAUCGGCGAAAAGCGCUGCAUAUUGGCAGCAAUUUCAUCUAGACGAACAAACGCUCAGUGAUAAUUUCAUGGUCGUGCUGGGUGCUUUUGCGCAACAAGGAUACUCUUACGAGCCGUAUCGCGUUCCCUCGCGAAUCGUCACUUUGAUGCUUCUACUCGCCGCUCUCAACCUGUACGCCUCUUACACGGCCAAUAUCGUCGCUCUGCUUCAAUCGACCACCGACUCUAUCAGAACU